UUGUGUCCCUCCAAGAUCCUAAGGGUGACAGACCCGGUGGGCAGGAAGCAGUACCUGGCAGCCGCUUUCCCCUGUGCCUGCGACAAAACCAACCUGGCCAUGAUGACCCCAGCCCUGCCUGGUUGGCACAUCCAUUGCAUCGCCUGGAUGAAGUUUGAUGCCAAAGGCCGCCUCCACGCUACCAACCCUGAGACAGGUUUUUUUGGCAUAGGACCAGGGACCUCCAUGUGUACCAACCCCAGCGCCAUGCUCGCCAUCCGUCGCAACACCCUCUUCACCAGUGUUGGCCAAACCAGCGACAGUGGCGUCUACUGGGAGGGCAUCAUGGAACCUUUGAGCCCCGGUACCACCCUGACCUCUUGGUUAGGUCAACCUUGGACACUGAGUGACCCUCAACCGUGCGCCCAUCUCAACCCUCAUUUCUGCGCCCCGGCUGGACAUUGUCCAAUCAUAGACCCUGCUUGGGAAGACCCCGAGGGCGUCCUCAUCAACGCCAUCAUUUUUGGAGGGUAGAGACCCGAAGGAGUGCUGUUGGUCUAUGAGGCCUUCAACUGGCACCAUGCGGUCUUCGUUGGAAGCGCCAUGAGGAGUGAGGCCACUGCUGCUGCCAAGCACACCGGCUGCUGCCUAGUGCACAGCCCCUUCUCCAUGCGCCCUUUCUUUGGUUACAACAUCAGGCAAUACCUCACCCCUUGGUUGGCCGUCUGCGAACGAGAAGGCACCUGUUUACCGCGUACCUUCCACAUUAGCUGAUUCCUCAAAGAUGAUGGUGGUCGAUUUGUUUGGCCAGGUUUCAAUCAUAACGCUCAUGUCCUCGCUUGGAUUUGUAGUCGGGUGGGAGGAGAUGACAACAUGAAAUCAACCCCGGUGGGAUUUGUUCCUCGAGAAGAUGCGUUAGAUCUCAGUGAUGUUGCCAGUGUUUCCUACACUGAUCUUUUGCACGUUUCUUGCCUGUUUUGGGAGAGGGAAAUCCAAGAGUUACGGCGUUGCUACGAGGAGAACUUUGAAGAAGGUCUGUCCAAGGAGGUGAUGGAAGAAUUGGAAGCCUUGGAGGAACAUGUCAAGAAGAUGUGA